AUGGCCCAACUGAAGCCUUUUGAAGGCGACGACUACCUGUGGAGAUAUGUCCCAUCUAGGGCAGCCGCAAUUGUCUUUGUGGUCUUCUUUGCGAUCCCAACGGGCUUUGUGAUUUGGAGGAUCGUGAAAACGAGAAGCUGGCAUUGCAUCCCGUUUGCCAUAGGAGGACUGUUUGAAAUGACAGGAUACAGCGCAAGAGCUGCAGCACAAGGACUGACCGACGUCAUGAUGCCCUACUUCAUCCAGCAUGCUUCCAUCCUGCUUGCGCCGGCCUUGUUUUCAGCAGCCAUGUACAUGACACUGGGCAAGAUGAUGCGGCGCCUCAAGGGCCAACGGCACUCCAUCAUCCCAGUAACUUGGCUUCCAGUCAUAUUCGUCGCAGGCGAUGCCAUGUCGUUCUGUAUUCAAGGCAGCGGGGCUGGAGUUGUAGCUGCUGGUCUCGGCACCAUGGAGACGGGCCAGAAGAUCAUCGCAGGUGGCAUCAGCCUCCAAAUCGUCAUGUUUGGGCUGUUCAUAGCCACAUCCAUCGUCUUUCACAUAGGGCUGCGGCACUGGCCAUCCGGCCCAUCGCUGGCAAGGGGCUCAACAUGGAGGCGGUCGAUGAAGGUGCUGUACGUCGCCUCGGUGCUCAUAGUAGCGAGGUCCACAUUCCGCUUGGCGGAAAGCAUCCUCGGCCCGGAUGGAUAUCCACAAGGACAUGAGUGGACGCUGUAUGUGUUUGACGGGCUGCCAAUGCUGUGCGUCAUGGGUAUCUUUGCGGGCUGGUUCCCAGGGGCUGAGGGGUGGCAGUUGGAGACGAUGGACGCGUGGCCGUCAUAUGAGAGCCCUACAUGA